AUGGAAAAUCAAUAUCAACAUUUUUCAGAAUCGGAGUCUGCAUCAAUUCACAAGAAGCUACUGCUCGAAGGAAAUAUUGAUGCUAAAAUCUGUGCCAAAAGAGUUCUAAAUCCUGACUGUAGCUCCUCUCUUCCUAUGUUUUAUGAAAAUUUAAUAGGCGAUAAAUCUAAAGAGCAAAUUUUUGAAGAAUUGCUCGGGUUCUAUUGCAGAAUCGCUCCAAUGAGAGUAAAAUUGGAAUCGAUGAUACCUCUUAAAAGGAAAAUAAGAGAAGAUGAGCCAGCAAGCCAAAACAGACCGAAAAGAAGAAAGGGGAAUAAAAACAGCAUGGAAGCUGAAAAGAAUUAA